GAGCCUCAGAUGACCAGCGGUUCUCAUUUUGGUAUUAGGGCACCAGGCUUUCAACCGUGGCCGACUGAACGACGUGACGCGGGAUGGCCUGGUACUAGUGGCCAACCGCUGGACACUUUGCCUUCAGUACCUCGCGCGAAUGAGCUUCGUAACUUGGCUAUGUUGGGAGAUUCGAAUGGAAAUGGUGCGGGCAUGCGGGUUAAGCCUGAAAUGUCGGGUCAGCAGUCUUUGUAUCAUGCUUUGUCGACGUGGUUGGUCAUUAGGAAUAUAAAUCCGAGGGUAAGUCAUCACAGCUAUAAGGUUUAUAGACCCAUUGCACUGACGCCACAAAUCCUUAGAGUGUCCUCCAGAUGCUCCCUAACAAUAUCUGUUCGGGUACAACAACCACAUACAGCACAAAAAUUAACCAUUUUAAUACAAAAUUAUUAUAAAGUUUUACGAAAUUUAUAUUGUGCGUAGAUUUUGCUAAUUUGUCCUCCAGAUGCAUCGUCACCGGCGCUGUGACGUCAUGUGCAAUGGGUCUGUACUACUACUUGCAAUCUAAACUAAACCUCGCAAGUUCUAAACUGUUUUCCCUAGACGUCCAGAUACGGACUAAUAUCAGUGGCGUAGCUAGUCAUUUCAACUGGUCAUGCUAUGCUAAUAAACCUGCACUAAAAUAGUUUUAAGACAAUAGAUUUCUACAGGGUGUCUAAAAAAAAGUAUACCCUUUGAAAUCAAGCCUUUGUUGGAACUUGAAUGCCUUAUUACUGUACUUAAACACAAUUGAAUCGAAUUUUAUGCAUGUAUGCAAUAAUUUAACACAAUAAAAACUCUUUGCUCUGUGCUCAGUUCAACCAUUUUUGCUCGAGCUAACGGUGUGACUGAUCAAUAAUUUGACCAUUUAACAUUAGAGGCUAUUUUAAAUUCCCAGGAGUAGACAAUUUUGUACCUAACAAGAAUAGAGUUGUUUACCCUGUUUUUGACGUUUCCCUGGCUUCAGCAUAAUGCUCAGGCCUUCAAAUUAGGAAGAGGUUAUUUCGCUGGCCUCAAAGUGACAAAACGUAACAAAGCAGCGGUUUUACUAACACUAACCCGAUUCCGAACACCAACUCUAACCAUAAUUCAACCCUAACCUAGCCCUACUCCAAGUUUGUUUUUAAACCAAUCCUGAAGAAAAAAAUUUUGACGAAAUGUCAUUCUGAGGUCAGCGAAAUAGCUUCUUCCUUCAAAUUAUUACAAUAGGACAAUUUCAAUGGGUACACUUUUUUGAGACACCCUGUAUAGGUUUUAAUAACACAAAUAUUUAAAAAUUUGCAUAGCAUGACCAGUUGCUAUGGGUUGCUUCGCCGCUGACUAAAGGUUUGUUUACACUAUCAAAGUUUCUGUGAUCACAGUAGGAAUUUUGCAUAGGUAAAUUUCAAGUUUUGAAGGAUUUGUAAGAAAUGUUCGAGGAGACUGACUCAGUGUUAAACACCAAGUCAGUUCCAGUAAACAUUUCUUGCAAAUCCUUCAAAAUUUAGAAGUCUUAGAAUUUACCGAAGCAAAAUUCCUAUCGUGAUCACAGAAACUUUGAUAGUGCAGCCAUAAAGAACAUUGGCAAUAAAAAAUAGUUUAGUUCAUUUGAAAGAACUCGUAAAACUAUAUAUUAAACUCUAUUACAGAUUGUUUAUAUCUUGCUUAGUUUUCAAAAUAUUUCGACUGAAAAAAGUGAGCUGUUCGCCAUCUUGGAUUAUUGAGGAUAUGCAUGUUACGUCAAGAGAGGGGGUCACGCUAAUUUUUUAUCUUGAGAGUAAGCUAUCAAUAUGGGUUCAAAACCUUUUUUCUGGUUACUUUUUGAACUUUAGAAAUUAUUAAAAACAUUUCAAACAAUUUUGGAUUGUUACUCGGUCAUUGUAGAGUAUAGUUUUAUAUGGUUAACCCAACUCUUGACGUCAUCAGUCCAAGAUGGCGGACACCUCACUUAUCUAAAUAUUUCGAGAACUAAGCAAGAUAUGACAAAUCGGUAAUAGAGGAACGAACCAGGUUUCAUGGAGCCACUGGGAUGCCAGGAAAUAGUAUUUGGUACAACAAUAUUUAUUUGUAAUAAUAACCCAAAACACACUGAUCCAUUGAAUAACACCAAACAUUUGUAUCCCUUCAAGGUUGACUCCACAGCUCUGCGCUCUCUGUGUCAACAACAUGGUCCAUUACUAACAUUUCAGUUAAAUCUUCGUUAUGGGAAUAGUCUAAUACGCUAUGGAAAUAAAGACGAGGCUGCCAAGGCGCAUGCGAGUUUGAAUGGCUUAGUUUUGGCAGGCUCUCGUUUGACUGCUGAUUUUGCUACGGAUUCAGACAUUGGAAGCUUCUUUGAACAGAAUUCUGAUUGGUCAGCUCCUCAGCCCACAACUUGGGCAAAUGCUCCAACGUCAUUGCCUAAGACUGAGCAGAGCACUCCAUGGCCCGGAUCCAAACCUUUAUUCCCACCCGCGAAUUUCUCAUCGGAGCUUUGGUCCUAUAAUCAGGCGGGCGGGUUGGCAAGUGGAGUUUGGUCGACCCCGCCAACCAGCCGACGGGACGGCGAGCACUCGACGGCAGUCACCGAGAAUGGCAUCACAAGCCCAUCCAUGGUUACGUUUUUGCCCCCAGGCCUUUUGAACAGCGGCGAGUCCACAUGAACUUCAAAUGAAUGAUAUAUCUUUUACCUUUGCUCGUUCGUGACGUCUGUUUGUUUAUGUUAUUUGUUUAUGUUAUUUGUUUAUGUAUGUAAACUAGCACUGAACAAGUGUUAUGCUAAAAUAAUGUCGUCUGUAAAAAACGAGAAACAACAUUCAUUAAAACAGAAUAUCAUAAGUA